AGAGAGAGAGAGAGGGCGCGUGCGUGCGUGCGCGCGCGGAGAAGGGAAAAAAGACAGUUGCAAUGCGAGAAUGAGCAAGAAGCAUAAAACCUACACGGUCCCUGCGGUGCGCGCUGUCUGUGAACCACUUCACAUGACUUUUCCUUUUCUGCUUCACUUCGCCUAGUUGACUUUGUACUCCAUGAGCGACGCUACCUAUCACCUAAAACGAGAGAGAGAGAGAGAGAGCAGAGGAAAGAAACUAAGAAACUGUUCGCUCGUUUUUUCUUCUCUUUUUUUUUCUUUUCACAUCGUGUCUAAUGGAGGGUCCUGUGCGGAUUUGCUGCUGUUAGAAUGCUCUGUGCUGCUCGGCGCUCCGGCUCUCUGCGUUUUCCCUCCAUCAGAAGGGGUGGGUGAGUGCUUGGAGGACUGCAAGGACUAUAAGUGCUUGGUCUCCUUAACUGCUGUUUGCAGGUGUGCAUGUGGAGGGUGUGCAUGUGUGAGACCUCUGGUUAGUGUCCUGAGGUAAAGCAACAUCAUGGAAGACAGAGGCCUAAGAGGCCAGAAGGUUCUGUCCAUUGUGUUGUGCAUUUGCCAAACCCUAUUUCUCAACUGUCCUUUUGCAUAUUCUCUUCUAUUCCACACGCAGCCUGCUUCUGUGGUUGAGAAGCAGGGUGGUGCUGUACACCUGCAGUGUUUAGUGCAUCCUGCCUCAGCCAAAGUCACCUGGUUUUUCCAGGGUCGUGCCCUGGAGCAGGAUUUGCCACCUGGGGUGGUGGUUCAUCCUGACAAAAUCUCCCUGCCUUCUCUCCAGCCCCAAAACACUGGCACGUAUCAGUGUGUGGCACACUCAGGCACAGGUUCCAUCACCAGCCAGUGGGCACGGGUAACCAUUGCAGAUAUUAUGGAGUUUGGACAGACCCAUCGGCGGUCUUUAGUAGAAAGAGAAGGGAACACUGCUGUUAUUGAGUGCCAGCUACCUCGGAGUAAUCCCCCAGCUUUGCCACGUUACAGAAUACGGGGGAAAUGGCUAGAAGAGUCAACAGAUGAAUAUUUAAUACUUCCUUCUGGGAACCUGCAUAUAGUCUCUGUUUCCCCAGAGCAUCAGGGCAUGUACAAAUGUGGAGCUUAUAAUCCUGUUACCAGAGAGGUCAAGGUCGAGCCUUAUGGCACUAAGCUCCUAGUGAAAAAUGCAGAUGGUCCUUCCCCUGUGGGGAUAGUAUAUCCCGUCAACUCUGUCAACCUGACAGUGGAACAGUCCAUGUCCUUGGUUUUGGAAUGUGUAGUAUCAGGAAAUCCCUCUCCUGUUGUUAAAUGGUUGAAGGAUGGCCAAGAGCUGCCUCUUGCUCCCAGACUGAGACUUCUGCAUAGUAAUCUGGUGCUGAGUGAUGUUCAGAUAAGUGACGGAGGAAAUUACACUUGCUUUGUUCAAGGAGAGGAUGGUGCCAUGGCCAGUGCCAACUACACUGUUGAUGUGCUUGGGCCUCCUGUUAUAGUAAAAGGUCUGAGCGAUCAGCUUGUGAAACCAGGCUCAAGUGUGCAAUUCAGUUGUCUCACUUCAGGAAAUCCUGCUCCUAACAUCACCUGGCUCUUCAACUCUUCUCCUGUUUUUUCCUCACCUCGACUCCAGAUAUCAAACUCCAUUCUGCAUAUUUUCUCAGUCACCGCUCAGGACCAGGGCAUGUACCAGUGUGUGCUGGACAAUAGGAUUGGCUCUGCACAGUCAGCUGCCAGACUUAGCAUUCAGUUGGAACCUCAGUACAGUUCCACCACUGCUGCUACUGUGGACACACAACCAACUGUCCAUCCAAUUCAGAGUGAUGGAGAGGGGCUGUUCUUGCCCUCAGAGGACGCUCGUAGUGAUGCCAAUGGUUCAUUCACAGAGACGGCCAGUGACAAGCCCACUCCAGAGGCUCCGAUCAUUAUCAGUCCACCACAAACACAUAGACCUAAUGAAUAUGAUUUAGAGUGGCGGCCAGGACGAGACUGGGGCAGAGCAAUCAACGCUUACUUCGUUAAAUAUCGCAAGGUGGAUGAGAUGGGCAACGUGGUGGGCAGUUGGCACACAGUACGGGUUCCAGGCAGUGAAAGGAGCCUCCCCUUGUCUGACCUGGAGCCUUCCAGCCUGUAUGAGGUGCUGAUGGUAGCACGCAGCAGUGCCGGUGAGGGCCAGCCCGCCAUGCUUACCUUUCGAACGGGAAAAGAGAAGAACCCCCCCUCCAGUAAGAAUCCGUCCAAGGCCCCAUUUGUGUCUUUGCCUGAGAAAGCCCCUGAAGAAAAAACCACCAAUACGCACUAUGGAGUAGUCAUCCAUGACAGAGUUCCUGAGGCCCCGGAUCGUCCAACCAUCUCUACGGCAUCAGAGAAUUCCGUUUACGUCACGUGGAUACCACGGGCAAAUGGCGGUUCUCCAAUCACAGCUUUCCGUGUAGAGUACAGGAAGGGCCGUAACACGGCUUGGAUCAUAGCUGACGAUAACAUCUCGCCUCUCAAGCUAUCUGUGGAAGUGCGCAACUUAGAAGCAGGUUUCACGUACCGUUUCCGUGUCAUCGCCAUGAACACCUAUGGUGAGAGUCCCCACAGCGCUACCUCCAGGCCAUACCAGAUAGAGACGAUAAAUCCACCUGGGUCCAACCGACCAGUGGCCGGCCCUCACAUCUCUUCUACUGACGCUGUUAGUGACACGCAAAUCAUGGUGCGAUGGACUUAUACCACUUCCAGUAACAACAACACCCCCAUCCAGGGCUUCUACAUCUACUAUCGACCUACGGACAGUGACAAUGAUGGCGAUUAUAAGAAAGAUGUAGUUGAUGGAAUCAAACGCUGGCACAUGAUUGGUCAUCUCCAACCUGAGACAUCCUAUGACAUCAAGAUGCAGUGCUACAAUGAAGCUGGAGAAAGCGAUUACAGUAACGUGAUGAUAUGUGAAACUAAAGCACGUCAGCCUCAUGGUGUUCCCAGCCAGUGGCCCAUCACCCCACCAGUGGUGUAUCCUCCUAAUUCAGGUUCUUCAGCAGGUGGCGUCUUGUACCUGAUUGUGGGCUGCAUUUUGGGGGUCAUGGUGCUCAUCUUAAUUGUCUUCAUCAUCAUGUGCCUUUGGCGAAACCGCCAGCAGCACACCAUGCACAAGUAUAACCCUCCUGGUUACCUGUACCAGCCUGCUGAGAUGAACGGUCACAUUUUGGAGUACACAACUCUAUCUGGCUCUAGCCAGCUCAAUGGCAACAUGCAUGGUAGCUACGAGAACAAUGGGUCAGUCAUGCCGCAGAGUUGCCAUCACCUCCACCAUAAACUCCCGAAUGGUCUGACACUCCUGAAUGGCUCAGGCCCUCACUACAGUAUGGGACAUUCCCACACGCAUGACAUACCUCUGCCCCACAGCACCAUGGACUUUGAUCAUGCACACCCUCACCAUAUGCACAGUCGAGAAGGCUUGUACACAUCUGUACCCCAGACGGACUCUUCUGACUGCAUGAACUGCCAGAACUUCUGUAACAACAACAGGUGUUACACGAAAGCCAAUGGCAAUUUCACAGGUGGCUUAAAGCACCACCUGGUACCUUGCCAGCUUGAUGGUCUUGAGAUGCUGCCUUUAAACCAUGGCUCACUCCUGUGCCAUGGUAAUGACUGCCCAGAACCCCAGGGGAAUUGCGAGAGGGCAGAUGGAAUCAGAGAACAGAUGCAGGUUAACUCAGACUCAACAUCAUCCCGGAGUUCUCAGAGUGGAACUGAACAAGAAGUGCAAGGGAUCAUUUUUAGCAAAGACUCAGCACAGUGUGUGAACUCUGAUGAGCCACUGAUGUGUUUGGAGAGGCUGGACCUAUCUGAUUUGGACUGUAGAGAGAAAACCAUAUGGAUCUCCACUUCAAGUCUAAAUGGAGACCUUAUCCAUCCUACUGCACAGGAGAUCUGAACUCACAGACACACAGCAGCAGUCAACACACGCAUGCACACACACACAAUAACAUGCAUCUUCACAUACAUACGCAUCUCAUACAUGCGUACCUACUUAUGAACCGCAAACAAUGAAGAAACGUUUAAACAUAUUCAGUGAAAAAGAAACAGCCAGCGCCGAAAGGAAAUGCUCAGACUUCACCUGAAGGACACUACUGUGCUACGUGUGAAUGAGCGAGGAAUGAGGAAAAAGUUUGUAGGCGUCGAAGCAUGGUUUUUGGAAGUGCUGUUUCUUUUUUUUUUUUCCCAUCUGUGCGAAGGACUUUAAAUAAAAGAAAAUCUUUUUAGAUGGCUUAUUUAUUUUUUGUAAUAGUAAAAUAUUCUUUCAUAUGAAUGUAUCUGUUUUAAGAAAAAAAAGUUAGUCGUUUAUAUUAUUUAUGCUUUUUGGAUGAAAUACAUUUUAUUUUUUAUUUUUUUGUCAUUUUUUAGUUUUCGUCACAUUCCACACAGGGUGGAGUUCAGCCAUUGUAUAUAUAAAGCUGUGUAAUAAUAUAAAGAAGAUAUCUUAGA